AUGGAGGAACCACAAAGACAGAGAGUCGCCGUCGUUGGUCUCGGGGCUAUGGGGAUCGUCGCGGUCAAGAACUUGCUGGAAGAAGGCUUUGACGUAGUGGGAUUUGAACGCAGCAGCUAUGUCGGUGGCUUGUGGCACUUUACCGAAGACGAAGACACGCUGAGCAUCAUAGAAUCAACCACGGUGAACGUGUCAACUGAUAGAGCAUCCUUUACCGAUUUUCCUUUUCCCGUUGGAACCUCGACAUUUUGUACUGCUAAAGAGGUAGAGAAUUAUUUGGAGGCCUAUGUGGAACACUUCGACCUCAGACCCCAUUUCUGCCUCUCCACGAGCGUCAGAUCGAUAUCUAGAGAACGCAAUGACGGAAGAUGGAGACUUGAAUUUGAAAGACGACCGAGCGAGUGGUUUGAUAAGGUUGUCAUAGCCACAGGUCCCCAUAUCAGACCCAUGAUGCCCGUUCUUGAAGGUGCCGAUGUAUUUACCGGUCGAUUAAUCCACUCCAAGGGAUUUAAAAAACCCGAAACUUUUGCCGGGCAAAGAGUUGUCAUCAUUGGGCUUGGAAACACGGGAAGCGACGUGGCAGACGCGCUUGUUGGCCAUGCAUCAAAUAUUUCAAUAUCGCAUCACCAUGGCGCCAUUGUUAUGCCUCGCCUCCUCGACGGGGUGUCGGCCACAAGCCGUCUAUCCUAUAGGUUCAUCAAGCUGCAGGGAAUCCUCAACAGAUUGCUACCCAAGUUUGCAGAGAGGCUAUAUAACAAGACGGCUCGACAAAUCAUGACGGAUGCAUUUGGAGUGGUCGAUCCGGCUUGGCGGCUUGACCCAGCUCUCUCGGUUCUGGUGGCCAAUCCGGUGAUUUCUGACACGCUCAUUGCCAACCUUCUAUCCAAGGCUGUGCUGUCGAUUGAGGGAAUUCGAAAAUUUGUCGGAGGUCGACAGAUAGAGCUUACCUCUGGCGAGGUCAUUGAGGCUGACGCAGUCAUCUGCUGUACGGGAUACAAGAAUGACUUCAGCCUGCUAGAAAAAGAGUAUGAUCCGUCUUCGACGCCCUCACCUAGCUGGUUACAUGCUCCUGGGUCGAAGAACCGACCAUAUCCUCGGCUUUACCAAAACAUCUUCUCUAUGGAUGCACCCGAUUCAUUGGCCUUCAUGGGUUGUGUUUGGUUUGUUACCGGCGCGUUUUGUCUUGCAGAUAUCGCCAGCAUGUGUAUCGCACAAGUCUGGUCUGGAAAAGCGUCGCUCCCGCCACGAUCGACGAUGCAGCACUGGGUAGAUACACAAGAGAAGAGGAUAUGCACUCUCGCACAGAGAGGAGCUGUGAUCCCCACGGCAGUGCCUCCAAGUGCAUGGCUAUCUUGGGCAGAUAGAACAGCGGGAAUGGGAGUGGAAGAACAUGUGGGCUGGAGUUGGAAGGGAUGGCUCUUCUGGUGGCGGGAGAGGAAGCUUUGGAAGAUGGUCAUGGAUGGUCCGUUCACCUCGGCCUUUUGGAGGUUGUUUCCUGGGAGGAGAAAGCACUGGGACGGUGCUAGGGCAGAGAUUUUGAGGUUGAACAAGGAGGUUGAAGAGAGCAGAGAAAAAGCGAGGCUGUUGGCGAUCAAAGCGAAAGCGGCUUAAUGCAGUAGAUGGUGUAUUUCUUCUAUAGUUACAAGGUAGUUACUUAGGUAGUUUCGCAAGCACUCAACUCUUU